GCGGCUGACAUGGCGGCCGGGCCGGACUGAGCCGCUGGCGUCGGGGCCUCCAGCACCUGGAGCCGGGGCAUGGCGGGGGCGCAGCCCCGGCACCCCUAGCGCCACAGCCAGUAGACAAUCAGCUACGAUCCUCGCCUGCGCAGUGGUUUUAAAAUCAACUGCAAAUUGCUGAAGAAUUGCACUUCAAGUGGUCUCAAGAGGCAGGAGAAGCAGGUCUUCACUAUAAUGGAAGAGGCCAAGAGCUCAAAGAAUGGAAAUCAUGACCCAAGGAAGUCUGUCCGUCUUGUCUGUGAGGAAGGCAAAGCAGUCAAAGUUACAAAUAAUCAAAAUUAUAAACAUAAUAGAAAUGACAAAUCUGUGAAGGAUGUUGGGAGAAGUUCUCCAAGUGGGAAUAGCAGCAAAAAAAGUAAACAAAAUGAUGUUUGUUCUGAAAAACAAGGAGAAAAUAAAUCAUGCAAAGUAAAUAGUUGUAUUCCUGGAACUAAAGAUAUGGUGUCGAACGUUCAGGAUCGUAGUAAUGGAAAAGCAAAAAAAUUUUCUAAUAUAUCAUCAGCAGUGGAAAACCUGAAACAGACAAAAGUUCAACCAGUGGGAGAAAACUUUCCAGGUUCCCCUGUUUCAGGGAAUGGGGUCAGUACAGAAAGCUUAACAGCUGCACAGAAAGGGAAACUGGUGUUGGAAAAUCCGCUGGGAGUUCAUGCUUUGAAGACUAAUGUUGAUCAAACUGGUGAUCCUGGUAAGACUGCUUCAGAUCAAAGAAAAAUGGAACAUAAGCCUGAUGACUUCAGUAAAAUAAAGAAUUCUGAAUCAACUAAAGAACAUACUUUGGAAGCUGAUUAUUUAGAAAACACCACUGUUAUUGAUGAAUCUAAUCUGACAGUUGAACAGCAACUAGGAUUGAAACAAGCUGAAGAACGUCUGGAAAGAGAUUAUAUCUCCCGACUUGAAAAACGCUCCCCAGAAUACACCAACUGUCAGUAUCUAUGCAAGCUCUGCCUAGUUCACAUUGAAAAUAUCCAGGGAGCUCACAAGCAUAUUAAAGAAAAACGUCAUAAGAAAAAUAUAAUGGAAAAACAAGAAGAAAAUGAGCUGCGUGCCCUCCCACCCCCCUCUUCUGCACAGUUGGCUGCUCUGAGUUUUACACUCAUUGAGGCAGCAAAUGAACAAGGCAUAUCAGAUGAUGACUUCAGAAUUCGUCAAGAAAUUGUAAACGAGAUGGAGAAAAUUAUUCAACAGCCUUUACCAGACUGUUCACUGAGGAUGUAUGGCUCCUGUUUAACAAGAUUUGCUUUUAAGACCAGCGAUGUUAACAUUGAUAUCAAAUUCCCCCCUAAGAUGAGUCAACCAGAUGUUCUGAUACAGGUGCUUGAUAUCUUGAAGAACAGCACUGUCUACUCAGAUGUGGAGUCAGAUUUCCAUGCCAAAGUUCCAGUUGUCUUUUGCAAAGAUGUUAAAAGUGGUUUGACAUGUAAAGUAAGUGCUAGAAAUGAUGUGGCUUGCCUUACAACUGAUCUGCUGGCUGCACUUGGUAAACUGGAGCCUGUCCUUAUUCCCUUGGUUUUGGCUUUCCGCUACUGGGCUAGACUGUGUCACAUUGACUGUCAGGCUGAAGGUGGGAUUCCCUCAUAUUCCUUUGCCUUAAUGGUGAUAUUUUUUCUUCAACAAAGAAAACCACGUAUUUUACCAUCCUAUUUGGGCAAUUGGAUUGAAGGCUUUGAUUCAAAGAGGCCAGAUGACCAUCAGCUGAAGGGUAUAGAAGAAGAGGAGUUUAUACGGUGGGAGUACAAACCACCAACAAAUGGUGCAGCAAAAAACUCAGUUGGAGCAGAAGGUAAAACUAAAGUUGAGCAAAAGGGUGGUGGCAAGAAGUUAACAAGCUCAGAAGUGGAGAACCAAAGUAACGCAAAGGAGAAACACGGCAAUUCUCUCUUAGCAUUCAAAACCCCUCACCAAGUUUCACUGGGGCAACUGUGGUUAGAACUGUUGAAGUUUUACACACUGGAAUUUGCUUUGGAGGAGUAUGUCAUCAGCAUACGGGUACAAGAACUCUUAACCAGAGAGAAUAAAAACUGGCCUAAAAGGCGAAUAGCCAUUGAAGAUCCUUUUGCACUAAAGAGGAAUGUUGCACGGAGUCUAAACAGCCAGAUGGUAUUUGAGUACAUCCUGGAGCGAUUUAGGACAGCAUAUAAAUAUUUUGCAUGUCCACAAAGUAAAGAUGGGAUUAAAUCCAAGCCAGAUACCAAGAAAAAAGAAAGAGGGAAAAUAAAUAAUAAGAAAUCCACGAGAUCUGAAGAGCCUGUAGCCAACUGUUGCCUUCCACAAGGGGAAAAAGUUGUAGAUAAACAAAAUAUAGGAAGUGGAUGUAACAUACCAGAGAAUGAACUUGAAUGUAAUGAAGUGGUACAAGCUGUAGCCAAAAGAUGUACUUCCAAGAACAUAGACUCUUUGCUACUUUCAACAUUGGACUCUAGUUAUGAUGAAGACAGAGAAGAAGCUUUAUCCCUUAUUUCUAAUGAAUGCUGUGAAUUAAAACAAAAAUCACUUAAAGAAAGGGAUGAUUUAGAAACUGUAGUUUGUAUAACUGAAGGUGAGCUAAGCCACAGUUGUAACUGCAGUGAACAUCAGCCCUAUGACACAAAUUCUAGUAGUGAAUUUGCUGAUGCUGAAAGUAGACAGAAUUUGGUAACAGAGUCUUCUCAGAAGAAUAAGUGCACUGGCACACCAGCUACCUCGCCCAAUUGCAAAGCAAUGGUGGAAGCUCACGAUCUCAAAGAUGAAGGCAGACUCUCUACCGAAGAAAUGCAUUAUGUGUUUGAUAAGUUUAUUUUGACUUCAGGAAAGCCACCAACUAUAGUAUGCAGCAUCUGCAAACGGGAUGGACAUUCCAAAAAUGACUGCCCAGAGGAUUUCAAGAAAAUUGAUCUAAAACCACUACCACCAAUGACAGACAGAUUUCGGGAAAUACUUGAUAUAGUGUGCAAAAGAUGCUUUGAUGAAUUAUCCCCUCCUUUAUCUGAGCAACAAAACAGAGAACAAAUUCUAGCAAGUUUGGAAAGAUUUAUUCGAAAAGAGUAUAAUGACAAAGCCAGACUUUGCUUGUUUGGAUCUUCAAAGAAUGGAUUUGGAUUUCGGGACAGUGACCUAGAUAUCUGCAUGACAUUGGAAGGCCAUGAAAAUGCAGAGAAAUUAAACUGUAAAGAAAUAAUAGAAGGUUUGGCAAAAGUACUUAAGAAGCAUCCAGGUUUGAGAAACAUCUUGCCUAUAACAACAGCCAAAGUGCCUAUAGUAAAAUUUGAACACAGACGAAGUGGCUUAGAAGGAGAUAUCAGUUUAUACAACACACUGGCGCAGCAUAACACAAGAAUGCUGGCUACAUAUGCAGCUAUUGAUCCUCGAGUGCAAUAUCUGGGCUACACAAUGAAAGUUUUUGCAAAGCGCUGCGAUAUUGGUGAUGCUUCCCGUGGUAGUCUGUCUUCAUAUGCCUAUAUUCUUAUGGUGUUGUACUUCCUACAGCAAAGAAAUCCACCAGUUAUUCCAGUUCUUCAGGAGAUAUUUGAUGGAAAACAGAUACCACAAAGAAUGGUGGAUGGAUGGAAUGCCUUUUUCUUUGAUGACAUGGAAGAAUUGAAGAAGCGUCUGCCUUCGCUUGGAAAGAACACUGAAUCACUUGGAGAACUCUGGCUAGGGUUGCUGCGAUUCUACACUGAGGAAUUUGACUUCAAGGAAUAUGUGAUCAGCAUCCGUCAGAAGAAGCUGUUAACUACAUUUGAGAAACAGUGGACAUCCAAAUGUAUUGCCAUCGAAGAUCCUUUUGACUUGAAUCAUAAUCUCGGUGCUGGAGUCUCUAGGAAAAUGACCAAUUUCAUAAUGAAGGCAUUUAUCAAUGGGAGAAAAUUAUUUGGUACUCCAUUCUACCCAACUGUUGGAAGAGAAGCUGAAUACUUUUUUGACUCAAAAGUGCUGACAGAUGGGGAAUUGGCACCCAAUGACAGAUGUUGUCGUGUCUGUGGAAAAAUUGGUCACUACAUGAAAGACUGUCCAAAGAGGAGGAGGUUGAAGAAGAAAGAGAAUGAGAAAGAUGAUGAAAAAGAAGUGAAAGAAGAUGAUAGAGAAACAAGAGAGAAAAGGUGUUUCAUCUGUGGGGAUGUGGGUCAUGUUAGAAGAGAUUGUCCUGAAUUCAAACAAACCCGUCAGAGAAAUAAUAGCGUGCCAGCUAAGCCUCCAUCAUCUGUGCGAGGCACCCAGUUGGUCCGAAGCAUGGUAAAUUCGCAGCUAGUGGCUGUGAGUCAGCAUCAAGUGGAACGACCCUUGCGCACUAGACAGUCAUCAGAAUGUUCUGAUUCGCAUCAGUCAUCUUACUCUCCACAACCUCAACAAUUUACACAGAAUUCCUCUCAGCCAGCCUCCAUUAACCAGACUCAGCCACAACCAAUAUCCCAGUCUAAGCACGUUCCGCAACCACAGCAGGGUGCACAGCCACCCCAUCAGGUCCAGCUGCCUUUGUUUAACUUUCCCCAAUCUCCCCCAGGUCAGUAUUCCACCUUGCAUAACCUGGGACUACUUCAGAUGCACCAUCACCACCAAAUUCAGCUUCCCAACACUUCUUGGCCUAUUCAUGGGCCCGUUAUUCACUCUGCACCGGGUAACCCUCCUCAUUCUACAAAUGUUCCAUUUUCUAUGAGAUCUGGCAGCAGUAGCACCACAAAUAACCAGAGCAGUGUAAGCUUGAAUGAUCCCAGUAUCAUCUUUGCACAGCCUGCUGCCAGGCCCAUGGGAAUCCCCAGCACUUCUCAUGAGGGACACUGGCACAAUCCUGUGACUCCAAACUCACUGGUGAACAAUGGCACUGUGGGGAAUUCAGAUCAGGGUUUCCAAGGACAGUUUGGUAAAAUGAACCCUCCUUCUGUCCCUUGGGACCAUGGGACCCCUACCCAUUUUCCUCUCCUCCGAGGAGCGUGGCCUUACAAUAUGCCUCAGAACUACAUGCAGCAGGGAAAUGCCAGCUAUCCACCGAACAAACCUUUCUACCCUCAAGCUGGUCCACUGAUGCAGAAUAACCAGCGGUUCUCGCUUCUGUCUCAAGGACACCCACACUUGAAUCUGAAUUACAUUCAACAGAAAAAGUGAAAUUUAACAGGCUGGGAGGGGGGUGGGGGGGAGGGAAGGAAAAAAAAUUCAGGUUCUGAUUUAAAAUCUUAAUGCAACAUGUUUAGAUACAAGAUUAUUUAAGACUGUUUUUAAACUGUAUCAUUUGUACAUAGAUAUGAACUAUAGUUUUUACUAGUAUCACAAAACUGAGUGAUACAAAUUUCAUCUAUUUUAUUACCCUAUUUUUAAGGGGAAUUGUGUUUUGUUUUAUCUUGAUAAACUGUAAAGAGAGAGAAUUUCUAAAAUUAAGUUCUUUAUUUUCUAUUAGCUGUAUUCAUACUUUGGUUGCUUCAGACUUUAUAUAUAUUGUUCUAAAAAAAAUAAAAUUAGAAGGGGAUUUCAUGUGUUUAAAAAUUUGUCACUUCUAUUCUUUACAGAACUAUGUAGUGCCAAAAAACUUUUUAAAAGAAAAAUAAAACUGAAAAAAAAGGACAUAAGACUUUUUCCUCUUCCCUAUUUGUAUGCAUGCUUGCAUUUACCUGUAAUUAGGAAACAACAAUAGUGUCAACAACUUUAAUUUACGUAUCUUAAAAGAGAUGAAAGAUCAGCACCUUUAACGAGGCUGGUGUCAUUGCAUGUCCGUCUUGUAGAGUACUUGAUUUGAGGGAAGAGCACACGUGCUUUUCUGUUCAUAAACUUUAA